UUUUGUAUCGCCGGCCGAAGUGCAGUCGAAUUUACGAGGGAGUUUUCAAACGGUUCACUGGAGAGCGUCAAAAGCUCAGUAUUUUGGCCAAAGAAACCAUGACUAGUUGCGAAAACCAAGUCGGUCUUACGGACGGAAGCCACAUAUCGACAAAUCAGCAAAGACGACAAGCCUCCAGUGUCUUUGGUGACUCGAGUCCACCUGCUCCAGUGCAAAAACCAUUUGAGCCUGAACCACGGAAGCCCCAUGUGGUUAACCCUCACCAGGAAGCACGUCAAAAGUCGUCGCUUUUUAAGGAACCUACAGAACAGUCUAAACCACCUCCGAGGAAAGGAAGUGAUAUAAUCGUUGGCCAGGGAAGCUCUGAAGAACCAUCUCAUACAUCUGUCAAAGUUCACGCCCCACCUGGUGGAGUGUCACACAUCACCUUUGGAUAAUAUGUUUUUGUUGAAUUUAAGGCUUGUUUUUAUCAUCAUUUUUAUUUUGAUAACAUUUGGUUCGCUAUACUCGGUAUGACCUUCUAACAUUUUCUAACAUUCUUCUUCUGCAUUUGAACUUAAAUAUCCAUAAUUUAGGGUAUACAGUCAUGCACUGUAUUUCCUUUAUUAAGGUGCCCAGUCUCAAUUGAGCAGUGCACAGUAACUCGCAAACCACCUAACUUGAAAUUGGAAAUGGAAAGUAAGGCACCCGUGCAUGUCAAAACCACAAAUUGCCCUCUUGGGCAGUCCUUAAUCAAAGAAAUAUGGGUUAGUUUGAACACUAUUACUGGUAACUUGUCAACUUUUCAGUUCCCUCUUGUGUCACAACUUGAGCACUUGAACUCAUGCUUUUUUUUUUACUGAGAAAUAAUUCAAAACGGAAAUGUAAGUGCUGAUUGUUCAGCAAAUUAUGAUUUGGGGAAGCAAAAUUCGUAUACUGUAACAUAACCAAUACGUGUCUCCCUGUUUAAAUCCAAGCGUUCACCUGACAGCUCUUAUCUUCACGUGUAUCAUUGUGCAUACAGGGUAGGUUCAACUUGGCUAUCUGAGACUUUCUGGCUGUUGUGUAUGUUACCUUGACGCAAGACAGACACCUCUCCAAGAUGGACAGUUGAGGCUGCCCCAACAGCGUCCAUCUUAGAGAGAGUUGAUUGUGUGAUUUUACAUGUAUAAAGCUGAAUUAUUGCAAAUCAAAUUCACCCUUCUUUUUGUCUUUCAGUGGCUAACAAAAAAAUAGCAGAAUGUUACAACUUGCUUGUAAUGUAAUGUUACGAUGUUCCUACUUGAGCACUUUUGAAAUGCCUGCAAGGUUCAAGAAGCCUUCAUCCCUAUGUAUUUAUAGUUCUUUCAGUCGAUUGUCCUUACAGUUGAUUGAUGUCAAUAUCUUGAAGGUGCCAUGAAGCAUGUAAAAGAGGUUUAAGAUUUUGAGCUCAGUGUUCAUCAGAUUAAGAUAUUUCUUCCAGACUAAUUUCAGGCAAGCUUGAAGCCUGUAACUUGUAAAUUUUUGCAUCAAUUUAAGUCAGGAAGAAGUAAGUUGUACUCGUUCUCCAGUCACUCUAAAUGUUAUUUUGUUAAGUCUUGUUCAUAUAACUAAAAGUGCAUUUUUAAAAGUUUUUUUUUUUUUAAGUACUCAACUAAGGAAAUGUAUUGCCUACUAAUUUGUGUUGUUGUGUAGGGAAUAAUUUAUUGUUAGCAGACCUUGUCUCUAUAAGUUUUGGGAAAGAUUACAGACAGUGUUAUACAUGUAUUUAAGCGAAGCAGUGAACAAAUAUUCUAGAUGUAACGUGACGCAUAAAAAUGUAUCUCUUGCAUUGUUAGUAUUUUGCGGUUUUAAACUUAGUAACAAAAUUUAACAAGGAUCUGUGUUUUACAUCCAUGUUCCUUAGUUCAAGCAGUUUGCAUUUGGUUUAUAUAAUUUUAUUGCUUGUAUAUUAACCAAAGUAAAUAUUACGUCCAUUGUAACCAAAAGGUGUGAAAUUAGUGUUCAGGAUGCCAAUAAUUUACAUAGCCUGCUCUUGCUGUGUAGUUGGCAAAUUAGGUAAUAUUGUUGUAGUACCUUAGUGCAUUUUAUAUCAGGUCCUGACA